AUGUCUCCUCUGGAGUAUCUGCUGAUUGAAUUAUCCACUCCCUUCCACUAUAAAAGGGGAAUCAGAGGAGGAAGUCACUGCAUUUUCCAGGAACCACAGGCUGUCUGCAUCUCAGGAGUGGGUCAGCUGACAACGAACGCUGCAGCAAUGGGGGAACAUGCAUCCACCUGGAUUACAAACCAGCCUUUCCUGGAGAAGCUCAGAAGAAAUAUGAUACCGCAGACUUUAGAGAAGAAAAGACAAGUUUAUUUAUCGAAGACCAAACGGAGACAUGGCGAAAAGUCUGCACUUCCUAUGAGGCUGACCAGCUGCAUUUUCCACAGGCCGGUCACAAGGAUAACUUCCCAUCCUGGCCAGGAGGUCUGGCGCAGGCGCUGGGAGGAGACCCUGGAGAAGCCCCAGCAAGUCUGUGCAUACAGGAGAUUGCAGGGACUCCAGGCCCCCAGCAGUGAAGGACUUAUGAGUCCUUUGCGUAUCACAAACACCGAAAAAAUAAUUGCACCGGGCAGUGCCGGUGCUGAGUCGCUGCACACCAGCCCUGAGCCCAACGCUGCACAGUCAUCAGGCUGGGCAGAGAUGAUCCCAGGAGCGGGUCUCUGUCUCCCACAGCUUCUCCGCAGGCAACCGGUAACACCUGGAGACAUCCGGAGACAGACCCGGAAAGUGAAAAAAGCCAGAGAGAGACUGGCCGUGGCCUUGAGGGCAGACAGGCUGGCCAAGGAAACAGAGAGCCAGAAUGUUGUGAAAACUGGAUGA